AUGCCAACAAGAGAAGAAAUCCGCAAGCAACAGGAGUCUUUGCCAAUAUUUGAUCAUCGCGAUGGAUUGAUGGAUGCCAUUCAAAACAAUAACAUCCUAGUGAUCAUUGGUGAGACUGGAUCAGGAAAGACUACUCAGCUGCCUCGAUACAUUAUUGAGGAGUUUAGAGGCAUGCGAAUUGGCGUAACACAGCCACGUCGAAUUGCUGCAAUCUCGGUCGCUAAGCGGGUCGCAGAAGAAUAUGACUGCAGGCUCGGUAGUACUGUGGGAUAUACGAUCAGAUUUGAUGACAAAACCUCUUCUAGAACGCAUCUAAAGUACAUGACAGAUGGCGUCCUUCUGCGUGAGGCAACUGUGGACCCUUUGCUGGAGAAUUACGAUCUUAUCAUUAUUGAUGAGGCCCAUGAGAGGACUGUAGAGACUGAUGUUUUGUUCGGCUUACUAAAGAGAGCAAGGUCAAAACGACCUAGCUUAAAGCUGCUAGUCAUGAGUGCAACACUUGAUGUCACAAAGUUCUCAGACUUUUUUGAUGAGUGUCCCAUCUACAAAAUCCCUGGAAGGACCUAUCCUGUAGAAAUCCUACAUUCUCGUGACAAUAUCAAACUUGGCACUCUCAAAUCUACAUAUGUGACCAAGGCUGUGGAAACUGUGAUGCACAUUCUGAAGAAGGAAAUCCAUCCUGGUGAAGUAGGGGAUAUACUCGUUUUCCUAACAGGGCAACAGGAGAUUGAAAGAGCCUGCCAAGACCUGAAGAGAGCUGUCCUAGACUACCAAAAGGAGCAAAGAGAGGAGGGUCAUAAUAGAGACCAAACCGCUACCUCCACAUCCAUAUCCAAACACACAGCCAUUGAUUUGGAUCGGCUACAAAUAUUGCCACUCUAUGCCUCCUUAGAGAUGUUAGAUCAAGCUGCAAUUUUUGGUCCGACGCCCCGUAACUCUCACAAAGUCAUAUUUGCCACUAAUAUUGCCCAGACCAGUGUAACUAUCCCCAACAUCCGGUUCGUCGUUGAUUCUGGCUUUGUGAAGCAAAAAAUGUAUGAUCCAUCAACGGGAAUGGACGCGCUGUUGGUUGUGCCCAUCUCCAAGGCUGCAGCAGUACAGAGAGCUGGACGAGCAGGAAGAACUAGGGCGGGCAUAUGCUUCCGACUCUACACAAGGGAGUCUUACAUGACCGAAAUGGAAGAUGAAACCGUGCCUGAAAUCAAGAGGACAGGCCUGACAGGCACAGUCCUCUCAUUAAAGCAACAGGAGAUUGUGGACGUGAAUGGGUUUGAAUUUAUGGACCGCCCUGGCCAAGAGGAACUCAGUGCCGCGUUACGUGAAUUGUAUCUGGUGGGCGCCAUUGAUGCUGAUGGGCGAAUGACCGAAAUAGGUCGUAAAAUGGUCAAGUACCCUGUUAAUCCUCUCCUAGCUAGAUCACUUGUUGAAGCAAAGGAGAUUGGCUGCUUGGAAAAGGCGAUCAUCAUUGUCGCCAUGCUUUCAGUAGAAGAGCCGUUUUAUCUUCCACGUAAAGCAGAGGAGCAGGAUGCUGCACGCGAUGCUCACGUAAAGUUCUAUCACUCUUCUGGUGACCAUUUGACUCUCAUGAAUGUGUUUGAUGCCUGGCGAGAAACAAACUAUUCAAAGGAUUGGUGCCAUGAAAAUUAUCUCAACAUCUCUCAGCUGCAUCUCGCAAGGAGUAUUCGCUCACAGCUACAAGACAUUGUCGAUCGCGACAAGGAGAGUGAAAAGAGACAAACUGAUCGGAAACAUGAUGACAGCGCAGACAAUAAUAAACCUGCAGAAACAUCGGUCAAUAAAGACCCAAAGCAAGUGUCCUCGCAAUCAUCAUCCUCCUCACGUACGAUUCUUCAGGCUUUCAGCCAGGGCUAUGGCAUUCAUCUAUCCAAGAAACACCAUCACCGGCAAAUGUUUUAUCACUACCUUGCAUCAACCCUAUCUGCUUCUGCGGGAGCUGGAAGUGCUCAAUCAAGCUCGCUCCUGGCAUUACACACUUCUCCGCUUUCAGCCUUAUAUCUUGAUGAAGAACGAUCAAUGACGAAACAUGGAAGGAAAGUAGCUAAAGGUUUGGAAUGGAUCAUUUACCAUGAAGUCGUCUACCAUGUAAAGGCAGUGAUGCGCUACGCCAGUAAAGUCGAUAUCCGGUGGGUGAAGGAAACAAUGGACCGUGCCAAGAUUUAUGGCCAGGGAAAGGUAUAUCUAAACGGUGAGAGAUCUGAAGAGCGUUCUAGCAGUACCAAUCAAGAAGAUGGUAGCACAAAUGAGGCAAGUAUGGCCGAUAAUAAGAGAAGUAUAACAGUAGAUGCGGGGGAUGGAGAAUCAGCCGAGCAAGCGAAAAAGCGUGCAAGAUUAGAAAUGGUCGAGGCAGCGAGAAAGAGGGCUAUAGAGAGGCGUCAGAACCAGUAA